AUGAGUCCUCCAACUACACAAUACGGUAUUCAAAGUACCGCUGGAGCAGUUCCAGUCAAAAACACAAAAGGUGAAAUAUCGAUGCAAAAGGUAAAAGUGCAUCGCUAUGUAUCCGGAAAGCGACCAGAAUACGCACAGUACGCCAGCAGUGACGAAGAGUCGGAGGAUGAUGAUUUCAUGGAACACCGUCGUGCAAACGAGGAGCAGCAGCAGCGAGAAGAUUCUGACGAUAACGAUCUGCCGGAGGAUGUCGAUGAUCCUCGUAUCCGACGUUUACAAGCGGUGCGAGCGGAAACCCAGGAUGAUCUUGAACGGGAACGCAAAGAACGGCAUCGGGUAAUACACGAACCGGAACUGGUGGAAUCUGACGAUAACAAUGAGCGUAGUGAUGGAGAAGAUGAAAAUGACCGCAGACGCUACAGUGAUGAUGAACCGGAACAAACAAAUGCUUCGUCCCGUCGGAGACGUAUUUCCUUAGGGUCCGAGUCCGAAUCGGAAGCGGAACUGAGCGAUACAGAGAUCGAACGCAGGCGCAACUUGCUGAAGACUAAAAUGCUUCAGCAGAAACAACGUGAAGAAGAGGAAUUGCUGCAAAAGCAAGAGGAAGAAGGUAUGUCCGAUUCGGAGGAAUCCGAGAGCUCGGAGUACGAGGAGGAAACGGAAAGCGACGAGGAAAACGAACCCCGGCUGAAGCCACUGUUUGUGCGCAAAAAGGAUCGCACGACGAUCAUUGAAAAGGAACGUGAAGCAAACCGUCAGAAGCAGCUCGAGUAUGAGGCGAAAAAGAUGGCCAAAGAACGACGAAAACAGACAUUACGCUUGGUGGAGGACACCAUCAAGAAGGAGUUGGAAAAAACGAAGGUUGAGAAUGAACCAUCUUUGAACGAUGUUAACACGGACGACGAAAACGACGAGGUGGAGUACGAAGCGUGGAAGUUGCGCGAAUUGAAACGCAUCAAGCGGGACCGCGAGGAAAAGGAACAGAUCGAGAAAGAAAAGCAAGAAAUCGAACGGCUGCGUAACAUGACGGAAGAGGAACGCCGCCAGGAGCUGCGCAACAACCCGAAACAGGUCACGAACAAAAACGUGAAGGGCAAGUACAAGUUCCUGCAGAAGUACUACCAUCGCGGUGCGUUCUACCUCGAUCAGGAGGACGACGUGUACAAGCAGGACUUCUCGGCACCGACGCUCGAGGAUCACUUCGACAAAACGAUCCUGCCGAAGGUGAUGCAGGUGAAAAACUUUGGGCGGUGUGGUCGAACCAAGUAUACGCAUCUGGUCGACCAAGACACGACCAAGUUCGAUUCGCCGUGGGUAGCGGAUACGGCCAACAGUACCAUCUUCCACUCGGAGAAAGCUGGUGGCAUGAAGCAGGUGUUCGACAAACCGUCGCUUUAUCGCAAAAAGCGCGACACAUAG